AUGAGUCGUCGAUCAUAUUCACGGUCGGAUAAACAAGAUGACGAUUAUAAAUAUCGGGUCAAUAAUAAACGUUCAGAUCGUUCACGAUCACCACCUUCUUCAAGAUCGGCGUAUGGCAUUACUAGUGAAAUCUAUAGUAAUAAAAAACAAAUUUCUUCCAAACGUUAUCCUCAAUCACCAUCGUCGCCGUCGAGACCCAAUGGAUUUAUUCCUGAUGAAGAAACAAAAAAAUUUUAUGAGAAACCUUCAAGUGACGAUACAGGAUUUUGGACAUCUGAAGAUUAUACAUUUCGUGAUACGAUUGCUAAAGAUGUUCGUGAUGAAAUUGAAGAUGAUAUUGCAAGUAAAGAUUCUGAUGAAGAUUCUGAAGAAGAUCCAGAACUAGCUGAAUAUGCUGAUCGUGCCGAUAUGGGCGAUAAUGAUGACGAUGAACAAAAGAAGACCAUUAUCGAGCGUUUAAUUCCAUCUAAAAAAGAGGAUGAAAAAAAGAAAGACAUUAAACCUACUCAAACAAUAACAAAUCAAAAAUCAUCUUCAUAA